CUGCGGACUAACACCUUGAAAUAUCCCGUUUCUUUUUUGCAGCCAAAAUUUCAAAGGAACCUGUAAGGCAUGAAUUAGCUACAGCAGCGCAGACACUUACUAGGGAGUAAAUCUAUUGUUUAUUUGCUAAGCCCAAACACACAUUCAAGAAGCCCGCGCUUCCUAUCCUUUGAAAAUCAAGAUCCCCCCAAAAACCUGGUUUCCGGACUUUCCAAGCACCCGCUUGCAAAACCAUCGAUACCAGGAGGAGGGGCAGAAGCGGAACCAAUAGCCACGCUUCCCCCGCGCUGCAUUCUGGGAAUCGUAGUCUUUUGCUUUGUGGAUUCAUUUAACUUCCUCGAUCUCCUUCCCUCCCUCCCUCCCAGCAGCUCUGAGGACAAAAUUCCCAGCCUGCAAUCCUUGGGUGCGGGGGUGCGAGCCUCCUUAAAGGUAGACCUAGAGGACGAGCAGGAAAGUCCUUGCAGGCUGCUUGCAAGGGGCACCCAAGCGGAUCCUGCAGCCAAACUGUUGCAAGGCGUCCUGCGGCUCUCCUUCUGCUCUGCAAGCGGCAAGUCCCUUCCAAGGACCCCCUCACCCCUCUUUUGCAGGAUGAGUGCCGCGUUCGUAGCAGCGGCGGGGGAGAGGAACAAGGAGCCUAUCCUGGGGGUCCUCCGGGACUACGUGAACCCCUGCCAGCCGCAAGUCCAGGUGCUGGAAGUGGCUUCAGGCUCCGGGCAGCACGCGGCCCACUUUGCCCAAAUGAUGCCCAACGUGCUCUGGCAGCCCUCGGAUGUGGAUCCGAAAUGCAUCGAGAGGUAAGGCGAGGCGUAGGAGCCUCGCUGCUGGGGCGGACCUGGGAGGCUGUUCGGAUGGAUCGCCGGAGUGGACUUGCACGGGAUUCCCCGCCGGUCCAGUCUGGACACGAGGAGGAUCCCCUCCCUGCAUCCUGGGUGUCGUCUGAAACGUGUUCUUGACGCGCUUCAGGCCUCAUGUGCACUAUAUACAUUGAAUGCACGGACUAUGCCAUGUGGCUGGUAGGUGGUGGGUGUUGCUCCUCCCACCCACUUUUCACAGCUGGCUCGCGGGGGCGGGAGUCUGCUCUGCCAGUGAGUUCCGUGCAGGAAACACACUGGCGAAGCAGCCGUGCCCAGCGGGACUGAGCCCCACCGCCACCACUACCCCGCCCAUGAGCUGACGUCACCCAAUGACACCAGCAGAUUGGCAGCAGGUGGGCUUGGUUAGGGGGAAAGGGAUCAGUCUGCAUGAUGGAAGUUAUUGCAUCCAUAAGAGGAUGGCACGAUGGCUUUCCGUUCUCUCCCCUUCUCUGUCGCUCCCCCACCCCGCAGAAUGGACGUACAGAAUCUUCUCUGCAUUACAGACAAUAGUUAAGAAAUACUUGUCUUAUUAGCCUGUGCCCGCCUGUAAGACUAAUGCUGGAAAUUAAUGGUUUUAGGGCUGUGGUCAGUAUAAAAUAUUUCAUUUGUAUUUAUUUAAAGGGAUUUAAGUUAAGGGUGCCUUAAAACUGAACCUGGCACCCAAUGUAAGCGAUACAGGAUUGGCAUAAUAAGUCUGGUCUCUAGCUCCUACUAGCACCCGGGCAGCUGUCUUCUGUACUAAAUGGUGUUUUUGAGCUGCCUUUAAAGACAACACCUUGUAGUGAGCGUUAUUGUAUUUGUUUGCUUGUUUUUUCUUCUUCUUCUAAGCAUCUUUAACUGGUAAAGAUCUGAAAGAGCAUCUUGAAGGUUUCUUUCUUUUCCCCCAUCAGGUUUUCAAAACAAAAAAACAGAUACUAAAAAAGAGAUAACAUGCAAUGAAAAAAGAGUGGGGAAGGAGGAGGGAAAAAAGCAAACUCAGGCUCCAGCUUUUGAAUCUGCUGUUCUAAAAAUGACCAGCAGGGAUGGAAGCAGAUCCAAAAGCUUAGUGGAAUGGCUGUUCCUAGGUGACAGUUGAGGGAGGGCAAAAUAAUGUAAGCGUAGUUAAAAGUGUCCCUUAAAUUGUACUUGCAAGUGAGCUUGUCCAAUAAUGAUUGGCCAGCUUCACAGUUGCUCUGAUUCUUGCUACGAAGGCUGGUCUAAGUGGACCUUGACCAGGUCCAGCAAAGCACCUCCUAUGCCUCUAAGCAAAGGAUCACUGAGCACUGCUCUGUUACACGUUAACUCUUCAACAGAUCUCAGUAUUCAUUCUGGUUUUGCAAAUCUGAAACAUAUCCUUGGGGCAGGUGGGGCUGGGGAGGAAAGUAUACCACGCAUGGCUGAAGUCAGAGCCCCUAGUUUAGGGAAUAGCGCAGACCAUAGCUUAGUGUCAGGCCUAUAAUUCUUUGAAUUUAGUACCAAACUAAUAUUACAUCACUUGUGUAAUUAGCAAUUGCUUUGGUGGUUGGAAUUUUUUUUGUUAAUUAAAGUAAACCAUAGUCACAGGAUCUGGAUUGGGUUCCCGGCAGGAUAGGUUGAUGGGUAUGGGAGCCUUACUACUUCAUUCCCACUGCAGUUCUGAUCCAGAAACAGCCCCCCCCCAAAAAAACCCCCACAACUUGCUUUUUCCACUGAAAGCAAAGUUUCCAUUGGCACCUAAAAUGUCCUAAGAACAUUCAUAUAUUAAGCUAACACUCUAAUAGACAUGCUAUAAAAGGAAAACAGGAUAGGGAGAGGAGGUGAAAGCCAGCUGAUGCUUAAUUGGCCAAUGGAUGAGGACAGUCAGCCUCCCCUUUUCCAGGAGAGUUGGGGGGGGGGCGAGAGAUAGCCCCACAGUGGCCCUUGGUAGAGGCCUGAGUACUUUUCAUUUUAAAAGUGUUUAUAAAAGUUGUGGAUGGCAAGUGCGAUCUGGGAAGAGGCGUUCUGUCUGUGAGAAGCCGCUCUUUAAGGGCAACGUUGGCUGCUCUUUCCUUUUUUUAGGAAGGGUGUGGGUCAUUUCCCUCCUAUGCACAACUUAUGCAGGUUUAAUUGAUUAAUUAAACCUCCUUUGCACUUCAUUUAUCAGCUGGAUUUGCUUUAUGCUUUCAACUGGUUGGUUCGGUGGUGCAAUGAAGCCAUUUUAGGAAUGGGCCUUUAGCUCAGUGGCAGGAUUAUCUGCCUUGCAUGCAGAAGGCUCCAGGUUCAGUCUCCGGCAUCUCCAGGUAGGGCUGCAUGAAACCCCCAAAGAGCUGCUGCCAACCUUUGUAGAAACUACUGAGCUUGGUGGACCAAACGUUGCUUCCUAUUUUCCCACAUUCAGACUGUGCAGUUAAUGGACUUGUGCAAGGCCUCCUCUGUAAAUGGCAAUAGACAUCUCAUACAUGAGAUCAUCCAUCCCUGCUUUUCCUGGAGGCUCUCCUGCUGAGAAGGGCCCUGGACUUGUAACCCAGAGUCUCCUACCCUGAUGGCACCCCUGUCCCUACUGAGAGCAAGCUGCUGGUGCCGGCUCUACCGUUGACCCUUGCCCCAUCUGCAGUCUGGCUCUCUUCCUUCUCUUUCUAGCAUUUCUGAAUUUAUCAGGGCGUACCGCCUCCCGAAUGUCAAACCACCCAUUUACUUGGAUGCAUCGCGCAGCUGGGAGACGUGGGGCGGCUUGCGCCCGGACUCUCUGGACCUCAUUGUCAACAUCAACAUGAUUCAUAUCUCGGACAUGAGCUGCACGGAGGUGAGGCCACGCUCCUGUCAGCCCGCUUGGCAGUGAAAGCCUGUACUGUGUCUGCUGGGAAGUCAAGCCCACUGAGCUGAAUGGGACUUCAUAUUAUUCUGAUUUAUUUACCCAACCUUCACCCUAAGGUGCCGGGGCGGGUUAGGACAACAGAAACACCAUGCUAAAAACAGUUUGAAAUGCGGUGCUACAGGAAGUUCUUGCAAAGUAUGAUUUUAUGUGAAUUUGAUUGCACCCCAGGACUUAUUAAGGACCGCUCCAUUGCGCUUCCAUGGAAUCAUAAUAUUAUUUGUAGCGUUGGAUUUAUGUAUCUGCAAUAACCAUUUGUCCACACUGUAUCAAUUUCUUUUUAAAGUUGUGGACCAUAUGGCACCAAACAGGCAAGCCAUUGUUCAUUUCUGUAUCUCUUUUAAGUUUGUAAUGUUAUAUGUGGCAAAAGAAAGCAAUUUAUUUAAAAAGUUUAAAAUGCAAUCACAGGAAUAAGGUAAGGCCCUAAAAUAUCCAUCUAGGGUGCCAGAAGGUAAAAAGGAGUGUCUUUACCUCUUACUCCCAGGUAAGUGCUUAUAGUGGGAAUGGGAAACUUUUUUCUGUACAUUUCUAUUAGGGCAAUUUGGAUAAUGCCUUUUGCCUGCCUGAUCAAGAGAGAGAAAGUGGGGUGUGAAUGAAGAAAGUAGUCAGCUGUACAAAGGUAAAAUUUAUAUUAAUGACUCCACCCACCUUUGCUUUUGACCCCGCCCACCAGUAGAAUCAGACUGCCAAGCACCACCUGAGCCAAAUGCUUGCUGGACCAAGUACCUGGCCCAAGACUGGCGCUCCAAAAGCUGCUGAACUCCAACUCCCAUCCAGCAUUGCCACUGGUCAGGGGUGGUGGGAGUUGUGGUCCAGCAACAUCUGGAAGCGGGUAUCAGGUUGGCAGGGGUCAAUUCGAUCUUCUCAGGUAUGGAUCUUCUCAAUUUUAUGGCCCCUUGACUCAAUGCCCUCUGCAGGGGAACCACCUGCACAACCCUAAAUCCAAUUCUGCAGGUUGGGGAAAGAUAACACUAACUGUUUUGAUUUGACAUCUUAGAAGCUUCCUGGCAGUAGGUCCAAAUCAUACGUAGGUAGCUCCUUAGCUGGUUUCUACUGGUAAGCAACAACAGGCCAUUAAGUCAGGAAAUGCUUCUAAACUGGAAGAAAAAAGUGAUUUUUAAUUCCUUUUAAAGUCAGUAAGUGUGUGUUGCACUAAUAAGUAGUAGUAGAUGCAUGUUUAGCUGUGUGCUAGCAGCAGAACCUUGUAGUCUCUAGUUACUUAUGUUACUAAGCCUUGUUCAUAUAAUCAUAGACAGUGCCAAGAACCGUGGCACUUAAUUCCCCCCCACCCCAGAUAAGAUUUUAAGAAUCUGCUUUUAAAUGAAGUAACAUCCAUUUAGACCAAGGGUUGUCAACCUGGUCCCUACCGCCCACUAGUGGGUGUUUCAGGAUUCUAGGUGGGCAGUAGGGGGUUCUAUGGCACAAGCUGAAUCCUCCUUCCAUCGAACAUUGGUGGGUGGUAAGGAAAUUUCACCAUCAAGAAAGAUGCGUUAGUGGGCCGUAGGUAUAAGAAGGUUGACCACCCCUGAUUUAGAUGGUCGAUUCGAAAAUUCUCAGAAUAUGCACAACUGAUCCAUUUGAGAGGGGAUGAAAGCCAAAAUUACAGUAGAGUAAUCCCUUUAUAUCAAAUGGUCUGUGAGAGAAAGCAAGCUUUCAGGUUUGUUUGGGUUCUUCAGCAGGCUGCAUGUUAAGGGCCCAAACAAAAACUGGAAGGAAGGAGACAAACCUUAGUUUGCUCAUUGGAAUAAUGGAACGGGGAAUGUGUUCUGUGGAGUUUAAGGGUAUUAGUCCUAUCAGUUCCCACUUUUGUUUUUGUAUUUCUGCUUAAUCUUCAACCCAAGAGUUCCUACCAACUCCUGGACUUUUUGCAGCCCAAAUGAUCAGCUAUGGCAUUCAAGAUUUUUCAAAAGAAAUAGUCGUUGCAAAGAGAGGAAAGUGAGCUGGAUUGGGAGAAGGUUGAGUUGGGGGCUUUAACCCUUAGUCUCUGCUGCUGCCCUGAUUGGAUGCGCCUUCUCCAGCUUCCCAUCAGUGAGUUGCAAUGAAGGCAGUUACACUUUCCUUGCUUUUGGACUUGAGUGGUCUCUGUGUAGCUAAUGCAAGCGCCAUCUUGUGGUUCUUGGUUGAAUGUCCUUCUAGCUAACAACCUUUCCUGGGCUGUUUGCUAAUUUAGGGAACCUGCAUCACCAACAGCAGAAAUCUAGUGUGUUGCUCCCAGUUGCUUAUACACCUACAAAUGGUGCACCAUAUGGCCAGCUGAGGCUUUUAGUAUAGCGGCACCAGGCCUUUGGAAUGCCAUUCCCUUUGAAAUCAGACCAACACUAACAAUUCUGAUAUUUUGCUGCCGGCAGAAAAUGCUUCUGUUUUCCCAAGUGAUUUUAGAGAAUUAAUUAGAUUCAGUGUUGGUCAUAUCUCCUGUGUCUUAUGAUUUUGUAAUUUUAUGGUGGUUUAACAAAUUUAUUAUUACACUGCCAUGAGACCUUUUUCAAUGAUUUGGCAGGUUAGAAGUACACGCAGGUCUCGCUUACCGAAAACAAUGCGUUUCCUAGAAAUUAUUAGUUAUGAGAGUGUUUGCAUAAUGAGUUAAUAAUUUCCAUUGAUUCCUGUGGGGAAAAUUUACACUGAAUUUUGACCCCCGAAAGCAAAAAAUAUUAAAAAAUGUUCUCUGAUUUCCCUCCCUUCUUCCCUCUGUUCCUCAGCCAACCAGUAAAAGGCAAACAAGGAAAUAAAAAAGAAAUGUUUUGUUUGGAUAUCUGAAUCUGUUGUGUGUAUAGUAAGGUUUGAGUACUAAUUCACUGUGUUUGGAUAAGUGACUUUUAACACAUUGAAUGUUCAGAAAGCGGGACCUGCAUGCAUUCCUACAAAUAAAUUGAUGCAACAGUGAGAGAAAUGUACUCUGCACAUGCUUAGAGGAAGCACCCUUGAGUCUACAUAGAGUCCAUUUCCCAUUGUUGACCAACUGCAUCUAUGGAGAGGAGGUAGUCUAAGGUGCCUCUUGCUCUGGAAACCAACUACAAUUUUGCAAAACUUACAUUGUGUUCUUUUACUAUUCCGUAAGGAAUCUGCAAGAAAUAGAAUUUAGAUACACAGGAAUGAUCCUACUGGAAAGAUCAGUUGCCACUUUCUUGCUAAUUUUUAUACAUAUCCUACAAACGCUUUGUGAUUCUCAUGAAAUCCACUCUUUCCAAAUGUGCUUGUUAACCUAUUUCCUUUGCAUUUUGUUUAAUUAUUCCCUGCCUCCCCCUGCCCCCAACCACAGGGUUUGUUCAGAGGAGCAGGAAAGCUGUUAAAGCCUAAAGCGGUGAUGGUCACAUACGGGGUAAGCUGUCAGUCAGGAUCCUUGUAAUCUAGAUGCUGCUGUUCCUGAAGCAGCCUUUGCCAAGUGAGUGGCCUCUAGAUAUUUUGGACUACAACUCCCAUCAGCUCCAACCAGCAGUUAAAGAAAACAAAAAACAUUGUGCAAAACUUGCAGUUCCUCCCAAUUUGCUCUGUUGUAUGAAUUUGGCUACAUACAGAUAAUGCCCUGGGAAAUUGCCUUCCAUUUGCAAGUAGUAGCAGAGGAAGGAUUUUUCUCAGGACUUAAAAAGGAGCGGGGAAAAUUAUAUUUACUUCUUUUUAAAAACCCUUGAAUUUCCCCCCCCCCAAAGGUGCUUUUAAUGCCACAUGUAGUUUUGACCCUGGGCGUGAUGAUACAAGGACCCUGAACUCCUUUAUGUUGUGUUUCCUUAGAACAGCCUUCCCUCAAGAUGGCGCCCUCCAGAUGUUUUGGAGUAUAAAUUGUAGGCUGAAACAUUUGGACGGCACAGCUCAGGGAAGGCUGCUCUAAAGUAACCAGAACGCAAAGCUGAUGUUCUUGGGCCUCUGGUGGUGGUGCAGAACCUGUGCCAAUCCAGAUGUAACUGGACCACAACUCCCAACAUCCUUGGCCAUUGGUCACUCUGGCUGAGAAUGAGGGCAACUGAAGUAACCACCUUUUGAGGGCUGCAGGUUUAUCCUUUGCAACAGCCUAGUGAUUCUGUGUAUAGAGAUUCUUGUGAUGUUUUGCUUCGGUCUCGGGUUUUUUGGUUUUUUCCGAAGUUGGUCGCAUUCAUUCCCAACAGUAUGCCAUGUCCCCCCCUAGUGGCAACCCUUGGCUCUGCAGAAAAUCCAAGGUGCAUUUUCUCACACUGCCAACUUUGAGGUAACAGGGCUGAUGGUUGCUGGGGUUUUUUUAAGCUUUCUGUAAUCUAAGCCCCCCAUAACUUCUGAAAGCUUCAUUAAGAGGAACUUGGCUGUCUCAAUUCUUAGAUUUUUCCCCCCAGUUCUGAGUUAAGGGGUGGCAGGACAAAGAACCCACACAUUAUUUGAUUUUUAUAAAAACAACAACACUUAAAAAAAAAAAUUGAUUGUUUGAUACCACUUUGUCUUAAACUGUUUGGUGUGUUUUCCCCCUGCCUGAUUCCACCCCAAGCCUUAUGCUGUGAAUGGCUGCAUCUACCCACAGAGCAACGUGGACUUUGAUUACUACUUGAGGCAGAGGUAAGGAGGAGCUAGGCCAAAUCGAAGGAGUUACUCAUAGCAUAUAAAGCCCUCAGCAGCUUUGGAACUAGUUUACUGUGCCCUCUCAGCCGUUUCCAUCUGCAGAAAAGGCAUUUUCAAAAGUCCUGCAUAAUGUUCAUUCUGCAACUGCAAGGAAUCUUCACUUUCAGCAUGGCAGUAGGUACCAUUAGGAACUCCCUGCCUACUGAUAUUAAGCACUAUGGCCAGUGCUUGGUAAAAAAACCCCUUUUUUGUUGUUGUUUUUGUUUCAGCAAGUCUAGCCAGACAUGUAAUUUUAUCAGGCUCAAAGAUCUGUUGGUUUUUUAUGUAUAUUUGGAUGGUUUUAUUUAUGUCUACUGUUUCUCAAGUCUCUGGGUUCUGGGGUUACCUUUGCUAUUUUUAAAUGUUUAUUUUAUACCAUUUUAUGCAAAUGGCUUAGAGAUUUAUUUAUUUUUGAUUGAACAGUAUAUAAAAUAAGGAAGAGUAGUGUGGCUCUACUCCUGAGUUUUACUUGGUUGACAUCUGCACCAUCCAUUCAAAGCACUCUUAUACCACUUUAAACAGUCAUGACUUACCACUAUGCAUCCUCAAGAUUGUAGUUCAUUGAGCAUUGUUAGGAGGCCCCCAUUCCCCUCACAGAACUACAGUUCCCAGAGUUCCCUGCGAAGAGGGAUUGACAGUUACACCACUCUUGACAACUGUAGCUCUGUGAGGGAAGUCGGGGUCUCCUGGCCACACUUGGGGAAGUCAUGACUGCUAAAGCGGUAUAACACUGCUUGGCAUGUAAAGCACAGAUAUGGCCCAAUUCAGGCCAUCGUUAGCCACACACGAAGAGCUACAACUCCCAGAGUUCCCUGGGAAGAGGGAGUGAUUGUUAAGCCAUUGUAGAUAUCACUCAAGCAGGUUUCUGACAUGGGUGGGUAGGAAACCCUCAUGUGGAGGCAGCAGUGUUGCUCUCUGUAUGUAAGCACCUCUUGAAUACAGUGAUUGACUUCAUUCUCUCUCUUUCUUCUCCCCUCCACUCCCAACCACAGAAACCCAGCCUGGGGCCUCCGGGACACGGCUUUGCUGCAGCAGCUUGCUGAGAUCAAUAGGAUGUGGUUGGAGAGGAUGGUAGGUGGUCAUAGGAACCUAAAGAAUGGGUUUUGGGGGAGGGGGAGUGUGUCGCCCCACAAUUAUUGUUUGGCUCUUCUUAGCUCCGGCUAGCAUGGCUAAGGGACGCGGGUGGUGCUGUGGGUUAAACCACAGAGCCUAGGACUUGCCAAUCAGAAGGUCGGCGGUUCGAAUCCCUGCGACGGGGUGAGCUCCCGUUGCUCGGUCCCUGCUCCUGCCAACCUAGCAGUUUGAAAGCACGUCAAAGUGCAAGUAGAUAAAUACUCCGGCGGGAAGGUAAAUGGCAUUUCUGUACGCUACUCUGGUUUGCCAGAAGUGGCUUAGUCAUGCUGGCCACAUGACCUGGAAGCUGUAUGCUGGCUCCCUCGGCCAAUAAAGCGAGAUGAGCGCCACAACCCCAGAGUCGGUCACGACUGGACCUAAUGGUCAGGGGUCCCUUUACCUUUACUAGCAUGGCCCAAGGGUCUGGGAAGAUGGGCACCUGUCAGGGAUGGGUGUCAGGAGCAUAAGUCACACGACAUCAGUAAAGUUAAUUCUUUAUUCAAGGAAGCAAGUUCUGCUUAGGUGGCUAGGUGUAAUAAUCACAGCAUCCCUUCCCAGUAGAUCUUGCCCUAAUGAGGCAGUUGCGAUAACUGAAGGUCCCUGCCUUCCACAGCUCUCUAAAUCUCCUCCUCCCCUGGGUCCUUCCCAAGCUCCUCCCUAUUCUGGUUCUGGGAGACCAGUGGGGUAGGGAUCUGGUUGCAGCAGAAGCGGGUGACACCCUGACACCAGCCUGACUCAUCUCUGCUUCUUGGUCCCUCUCCUCUCCAGUCUCCUCUUCUGGACUGCUCUCUGCCAAAGCCUCUUCCUGCUCCCCAAACCCUGUUUCCCCUUCAUCUUCCGACACCUCCUCCCAGUUUGCUCCUUCUUCUGCCUCUGACGACUAUUUGUCAUCCCACCACCAACCCCUUGGCUCUGAGCCUUCUUCCCCUGGGAGUUCCUUUGGGGUUCCCCAGCUGGUUUCUCCCACCACUGAAGUCUUGAUGGCCAGGUGUAGAGUAGCAUACCUCCACGAAUGGCAGCAGGAUGUCUGUGGGUGAGGGAGGGGGAAAUACGUGUUGCAAAUAGAUUUGGGAGGAGCAAAUUUGUCUCUUGGCAAGUGCCUUCACUAUGAGAACACCGUGGCUGUGUCCUUCAUCCACUGGGGAUCAGUUGCUGGGAACAGCAGCUGGAGGGAGUGUGUAGCUGAGGUUCUCCUGGCAGUCUUCUGGUUUGCCAUGGUGAGAAUGCAGGGCUGGAUGGGCCUUUGGUCUGAUCCAGCAGGGCUCUUCUUGUCUUGUUCUGAAGCAGAGUGUGUUAGACAUUCUUGUGGGUCAGGUGUGAGGAACCUUUGGCCCUCUGCAUGUUACUGAACUACAACUCCCAUCAGCUCCAGCAAGCAUGGCCAACGGCCAGGGGCGGUGGGAGUUGUAUAGUUCGUCAACAGCUGGAUGGCUAAAGGGGGUUGCAGUCUUUGGGCUCUUCAAUUCCACAGCAGCACUAAAAUUCAACGUCCCCACCUUCCAUUCUUCAGCAUUGUUGUGGCGCCCCUGCAGUGUGGCACCCAGUAUCACUGCACCGGUUCCACCACCCUACAACCGCCUCUUCCAGAGGUUUCCCACACAUGCUGGGCUCUCCAAGCAAUUUAGGUUCCUGACCCUCCAGGGUUCUGAGUUGCAUGGAGAGCCUAAGAAACUGCCUUAUAUUGAGUCAGACCAUUAGUACAUCCCAUUCUGUGUUGCCUGCACUUGAGUGGUUCUCCAGAAUGUCAGAAAGGGUUCUGUGCCAGGGCUGCCCAGAGAUGCUAGGGACUGAGUGUGGGACCUUCUGCAUGCCAGGUAGAUGCCCUACCACCGAAUUAUUGUCAUUGCCUACAGGAGCAGGGCAGGUUUGCCAGUGCAGAAGUUCAGCCCCCAACAUGUGGGGAGCUGCAGGAGAGGAGAAAGUCGUACAAGGGAGGGAGAGGGUCUAGGGAAUGUGCCCCUCACUCUCCCCACCCCCUGCAAUGAGAAUCUGGCUUGGAGGGGGAGACACCUAAAGAGUUGAACUGUGUGCCUGCGUCCAUAUAAUGUGGCUGCCAAGUAUCUCAAGUAACCUCAAGAUUUUCUGCUUCCAGGUCGACAUGCCUGCAAACAACAAGUGUCUUGUUUUCCGCAAACACUAAGCCAGCCCAUCCACUUUCUCUGCCAAGGAGAAGGGACCACCAAGGACGGUCAAAGUGUCGCCUGCCAUCGCCAAAUUUGCUCUGUGUCUGUUGUGCUCAAGCCCACCAGGUUUCUAGUAGCUUCUUCGGCUCCUGGGUGAAAAUAGCUCUUGGUGAGAUGGGAAUGAUGUCCUGUGUGAAGAUCUGCAUCAGGAGAGAAAAGCCUUUACAGAGAAUGGAGCUUUGCCCAAAGGUUUCUGGCCAGUGUUGAGCUAGCACAGGGAUGGAGGAGCUGCAGUCCUCCCAGAUGUGCUUGGACUCCCAAUUCCCAUCAGCCCCCAGGCAGCAUGGCCAGGGGCGGAGGCAGGGAUGGAGGGAACUGUGAGCCCAGGCACAUCUGGAGGGCCUGCGGGUCCCCCAGCUAGCCCAUUCAUGCUUCGAUUUUGGUAUUCGCUGCUGGUUUCGACAUUGUGGGUUAGACAUGGGCAUCCAUGUACCCAUCUCAAACCACCUUUGUCUCUUGUGCAUGAUUAUUACCUUUUGCCUGCUUCAGUGAAGGCUUUGUUUUCAGGCCUUCUUUGAUGGAGACCUCAAUGUCUUUUGACCCUGCAACUGUGACUUUUGGGUUAAGAGGGGAUUUCGGAGUAGAAAAUAUUACGGAAUAUGGGAGGAAGGAAAGCUCAGAAUGACACUUCCCCAAGUAACCGAAGGCUAUCGUGCAGAGCUAUAUGGGAAAGAUGGAUUUGAUGACUAGUACUCUUUACAGUCCUCCCAUUGGAAGAGGCUGGGACUGUUUUCCUUUCCUCCUUCUUCCCACCCCAGCCUCCAAAUUCUGCUGUGUUCCUUUUCUUCCCAUGCUCCUUAGAGCAAAAGUCGAUGCCACAAUGUGCCAACAACCCACCCAGUAAAGGAGAAUGGGAACUCUUUGGCCUUUCAGUGGUUGUUGGACUCCAACUCCCACCAGCCCCAGCCUACAUGGCCAGGGGUGAUGGGAGUUGUAGUCCAACAUCAUCUGGAGGGCCACAGGUUAGCCAUCUCCCUGAGCAAAAGAGGUGCAAACCCUCAAUCUCAUCAGCCUCAUUACUCUGCUUAUGAAGGAGUGGCUGUAGGGGGGGACUUUAUUUUUUUUGGCAAUAUGGAGGCCUGCAGAUUCCUCCCCUGCACUCAUGAUUAGGAUUUUACACCACAUGAAUUCUGGCAAUACAACACCAGACACAUCCAGAUAAACGGCAUGCUAUGAGAUUGCUGGGCCUGUACCAUUUGGGACUGCAGAUGUGGGUUGCACAAUUGAAUCCCCCCCCCACCAUCAAAAUAUCCCUGCCCAGGGAAAACUAGGAUGUGAAGGGAAAUGGCACUAUGCUAGCCUUUCCCCCAAGCGUUUUGUUUUCUGAAUUCAAGAGAGUUUUAACAAAGUUGUUAAAAUACUGGGUAUUCAAUAAUGUAAUUCCAUGCCUGUAUUCUGAAACACUACCACCCCAGUAACAUCAUACCCACCUGCAUCUGUAGGUUAGCUUACAGUCUAGCAGCUUUAAUAUGUCUUCAACUGAGUAAUUUCCCCCCCCUCUUUGCCUGUUCCAAGUGUUCCUGAAAAGAGGUAGCAAAUCACUCCAGCACAUCUUUUAAAAAAUCUGUAUGAAGUAAUAGUUCCCUCUAGUGGUGAUCAGCCACUAGAACAGCAACAAUGUAUAGCUAAGGGCUGAGCUUAUGGGAAUAGCAAGGAGGAAUAACUUUGCCGGGGAGAUCUGUGUGGAUGUAAUACUGUGUGGACUCUGCUGCAUUUGAGUGCAAAUAAAUAUAUUGCUUGGGUAUUGC